GCUGGCGGGCUGGUGCGCAGGCGGGGAAGCUGCGCGCCGCGGUCGGAAGGGAGGGGAGCGGAGGAAGGGAAGGGACGGGAAGGGGUGGCCGCGCCGGGCACAGCAUGGCUGCCAAGGUGGCUCUAACCAAGAGAGCUGAUCCAGCUGAGUUGAAAACAAUAUUUUUGAAGUAUGCAAGUGUGGAGAAGAAUGGAGAAUUCUUCAUGUCUCCUCAUGACUUUGUCACCCGAUACCUGAAGAUAAUUGGAGAUGGUUUGCCUAAUGCAAGCACUGUACAGCUCCUUGCAGGUGUGGUGGAUCAGACAAAAGAUGGGUUGAUAUCCUUUCAAGAGUUUGUGGCAUUUGAAUCAGUCCUGUGUGCUCCAGAUGCAUUGUUCAUAGUAGCCUUUCAGCUAUUUGACAAGACUGGCAAAGGAGAAGUUACUUUUGAGGAUGCUAAGCAAGUUUUUGGCCAGACCACAAUUCAUCAGCACAUUCCUUUUAACUGGAAUUCAGAGUUCGUACAGCUGCAUUUUGGAAAGGAUAGAAAAAGACACCUAACAUAUGCGGAGUUCACUCAGUUUUUACUGGAGAUACAGUUAGAACAUGCAAAACAAGCUUUUGUACAGAGAGACAGUGCUCAGUCUGGAAGAGUCACAGCUAUGGACUUCAGGGACAUUAUGGUCACUAUCCGGCCACACAUGCUGACGCCAUUCGUAGAAGAGUGUCUAGUAGCUGCUGCUGGAGGUACCACUUCCCAUCAGGUCAGCUUUUCCUAUUUUAAUGGAUUUAAUUCUCUCCUUAACAACAUGGAGCUCAUUAGAAAGAUCUACAGUACUCUGGCUGGAAAUAGAAAAGAUGUGGAAGUCACUAAGGAAGAGUUUGUUCUGGCAGCUCAGAAAUUUGGUCAGGUUACACCCAUGGAAGUUGACAUCUUGUUUCAGUUAGCAGAUCUUUAUGAGCCUCGGGGGCGCAUGACGUUAGCUGAUAUUGAAAGAAUUGCUCCUCUGGAGGAAGGGACAUUACCCUACAAUCUGGCAGAGGCUCAGAGGCAGAAAGCUUCAGGUGCUGCGUCUCGACCUAUUCUCAUCCAGAUUGCAGAAUCAGCGUACAGGUUUGCCCUUGGUUCAGUUGCUGGAGCUGUUGGAGCCACUGCAGUCUACCCAAUUGAUUUGGUAAAAACUCGAAUGCAAAACCAGCGUUCUACAGGCUCUUUUGUGGGCGAACUUAUGUACAAAAACAGCUUUGAUUGCUUCAAGAAAGUGCUGCGUUAUGAAGGUUUCUUUGGGCUUUAUAGAGGUCUGUUACCGCAGCUAUUAGGAGUAGCACCAGAGAAGGCCAUAAAACUAACUGUUAAUGAUUUUGUGAGAGAUAAGUUUAUGAGUAAAGAUGGCUCUGUCCCACUGGCUGCAGAAAUUCUUGCUGGUGGCUGUGCUGGAGGUUCUCAAGUGAUCUUUACCAAUCCACUGGAAAUUGUCAAGAUUCGAUUGCAGGUGGCUGGAGAAAUUACUACUGGUCCACGAGUUAGUGCCCUCAGUGUAUUAAGGGACUUAGGUUUCUUUGGUCUCUACAAGGGUGCUAAGGCAUGUUUUUUGCGUGAUAUCCCCUUCUCUGCCAUUUACUUCCCUUGUUAUGCUCAUUUGAAAGCUUCAUUUGCAAGUGAAGAUGGGAGGGUUAGCCCUGGAAAUCUGCUCUUGGCUGGAUCAAUAGCUGGUAUGCCUGCAGCCUCUUUGGUCACCCCUGCAGAUGUGAUCAAAACAAGGCUACAGGUGGCAGCCCGGGCAGGACAGACCACCUACAGCGGCGUCGUAGACUGCUUUGCCAAGAUCCUGCGAGAGGAAGGUCCAAAGGCUCUGUGGAAAGGAGCAGGAGCUCGUGUAUUUCGAUCUUCUCCUCAGUUUGGUGUAACUCUGGUGACUUACGAGCUACUGCAGAGAUGGUUGUAUGUGGACUUUGGAGGAGUAAAACCAGCUGGAUCAGAUACAGUUCCUAAAUCUAGGAUCACGCUCCCUGCUCCUAACCCUGACCAUGUUGGCGGUUAUAAAUUGGCAGUUGCCACUUUUGCAGGGAUUGAAAAUAAGUUUGGACUUUACCUACCUCGGUUUAAGCCAUCACCACCUACCUCAAAGGCUGCUGCAGCAGUAGGACCCUAAGUUUGUUGCUGUAGGGUUUUUGUUAUUAGUUGGGAAAGAGCCACUUUUCUAAUUGGUUAAUACUUUGUUCCUUUAGCUUCUCAUCAUAUAAAAGUUUAGCUUCAUUUGAGUUUUAAGGUAAUUUUCAUCUUAAACGUAAUCAUUUGUCUUUGUGCUUCCGUAACCAGAUCACUGUGAAAUUCUUACCAGUUGUUUUAAGUUUGGGACCAUGAAUGUAUUUGUCCACAUCUGACAUGUGCUUGUGUUGGGAAGACACUAAUUUUAGGUUCCGUUUAUUAGGGAGGGCUGGGUGAGAGCUGUGAACCAGAUCAUUUUACAGGCAGUGCGCAGUUGCAGAUUACCAGGGCAGAUGUCGCACAUCGUCACUCGAAUGGAAAAACUCAGUGGAUAUCACGGUGCUCAAAGCAGAAUGAUUUUGACUGUAUGUGUAAAUUGGUUAUAAACUUGGUGCGUGUCUGCAGAGGUCAGCAAAUAUAUACCCGGUACCUAAGUAUGCCAGUACAGCUUCAACUUUUUAAAUCUGUACACGCACAACUUCUGUUUCUGGAUCGUAUUAUGAAGCUUUUAUGUGGAACAUGUUUUUGUAAUGAAAACCACAUUUAUAAAUGUUUAGCCGUUGUAUUAUGUUACUGGUAUCAAAAUGCUCAAAAGAAAGUGUUAUUGUCCAUAGUCUUUGCACUUUAUGGCAGAACUUUUGGCAUUCUACUACACAUACAAGGAAAUUUCAUAACUAGGUGCCUAUCUUGGGUUGCUGGUGUUUGGAAUUCAGUUUGUAUAUGCACUUCUAUAGUAAAACGCUGCUUGUUUAAAUAACUGCAAUAGAAAAUUCAUGCACUGUAUCAAUGGUACCUGCCUUAAUUGCUGGCUUGUAAUUGGCAAAUAGGUGGUUUCAGAUUCUUAUUUACUUCAUCAAGUCAAAAGAGAUUAAAAUAAUCUAAAAUAAAAGAUUUUACUUAAUUUUUGGUGCCUUGCACAGUGUUUAGAAAAUUCUGUAUUUAUGCAGAUAGAAAUAAACCUUUCAAACAGA